CGGACUUGGUGCAGGUAGUGAUGGAGUUGCGGAGCGAGUUGCUGAAGUCCAUUUGGUAUGCGUUCACGGCGCUGGACGUGGAGAAGAGCGGCAAGGUGUCCAAAUCCCAGCUGAAGGUCUUGUCUCAUAAUCUGUGUACUGUGCUGCAUAUUCCACAUGACCCAGUGGCACUUGAAGAGCAUUUCAGAGAUGACGAUGAUGGACCUGUCUCCAGCCAGGGCUAUAUGCCGUACCUCAAUAAGUACAUCCUUGAUAAGGUCGAGGAAGGUGCCUUUGUCAAAGAGAACUUUGAUGAACUCUGCUGGACUUUAUCUGCAAAGAAGAACUACAAACAUGACAAGAAUGGAAACUGUACAAUUUCAGACCGUGAUGCCUUCAGGCUAUGGUGUCUUUUUAACUUCCUGUCAGAGGACAAAUAUCCGCUUGUGAUGGUUCCUGAUGAGGUCGAAUAUCUGCUGAAGAAAAUCUGUACGGAAAUGAAUGUGGAAUGGAAUGCAGGGGAAUUGGAUGAUUUCUUUUCCCAGGAAAGCUUCCAUCAGAAUGGAAUAUCCGUCUGGGUGUUUUUGGAGUGGGUGAAUUCCGGAAGGUUUACCAGAGGAAUUGAAAGAGAAACAGUUACAAUGGCAGUGGAAGAAGUCUAUCAAGAAAUUAUCGAGGAUGUGCUUAAACAGGGCUACUUGUGGAAGAAAGGCCAGUUGAGGCGCAAUUGGACAGAGCGGUGGUUUAUUCUCAAGCCAAGUACUCUCUCCUACUUUGUGAGUGAGGAUCGGAAGGAAAAGAAGGGCAGUAUUCCACUGGACCGGAACUGCUGUGUUGAGGUUCUAACUGACCGAGAUGGCAAAAGGUGCAUGUUCUGUGUGAAGACCCCAUCAAGGACGUAUGAGAUGAGUGCAUCAGACACAAAACAGCGACAGGAAUGGACAACAGCUAUUCAGACAGCUAUACGGCUACAAACAGAGGGAAAGAAGUCAUUACACAAGGACUUAAAGCAGAAAAGACGUGAUCAGAGAGAGCUUCGAGAAAAGCGAAGAGCAGCGAAAGAGGAAGAGCUGCAGCGACUCAAACAGCUUCAGGAGGAAAAGGAAAGAAAGCUGCAAGAACUAGAAUUACUUAAGGAGGCUCAGCGACAGGCAGAAACAUUGCUAAAGGAGGAGAAUCAGCGAAGGAAACAACAGCAUGAGGAAAUGCAAAGGGCACUGGAGAUACAGCUUCGACAAGCUGAACAGGCUCGAGCCAACAUGCAAGCAGAGAUGGAAUUGAAGGAGGCAGAGGCGGACCGUCAGAAAAAGCGGAUUCAUGAACUAGAGGAAUUGCAGAAACAGCUGGAGGAGGCUCUUCAUGCUGAAGUUACUGCUCGGCAGGACGAGGAAGCAAAGAGAUAUGCACAGACCAGGUUGCUGACUGAGGAGGAAGAGAAGAUGAAAGAACUCAUGCAGCUGAAGGAAGAGCAGGAAGAGCUAAUAAUAAAGACCCAGAGAGAAAAGCAAGAGUUAAAGCAAGAAAUGGAAAAUAAAACCAAGAUUUUAGAGGAGGCUCAGAAACAACUGGAGGAAGUGCGGGUCAACAGGCAGCGAGCAGACCAGGAUGUGGUGGCUGCACAGCGAAAAUUACGCCAAGCAAGUUCACAUGUUAAACACUGGAAUGUCCAGAUGAAUAGACUAAUGCAUCCAAUUGCACCAGGAGAAAUAAUGAACCGCAAAAAGACCACUGAAAGUUUGAAGUCAGACAAAAAACGCCCUCUCGCAGGAACUACGAGUGGAUCAUCUUUCCGAGGAGCGGGAGGGCAGAGGCUAGAGGAAUAAAAUCGCCAGGAAGGCCUGAAGAAAUAGGUUGUGCAAUGGCUGGAGGGUGAAGAAAUCAUUGUCAACUGUCCUUUAAGCACAAACUCAUAAUAGAGUACAUUCUUUAAGUGAACAGUUGAAAUGAAAUUCAGUGGAAAUAAGAAACCUGUUUCAGCAAUCACCAUUGAGGACCCAGAGUAUGCUCCAUAUUUCACAAGGAAAACUGUGUUGAACUUGGUCUGAAUAUCAGCUGGUUUGGUAUAGUUUGAUUUCCAUAUUUGCGUCAUCAUAUAGUUCAGACUCACCCAACAUAAGGCAUGAAAGACCGACAACAAGAGAAGAAAGUCAGUUGAUAUCUUAAUCUUCUUCCAAAGGAAUAAAUGAUCGUCCAACAUCCUGACAUUCUCUGAAGCAAUCAACAAAACUCUGCAUUCAAUAGAAAGCACUGAAUAAUGUUUUCUUUCUCAGAAAGAACAAGGACUACAAAAUAAGAUUGGACCAUUAUCAUAUUUGCAUUGCUGAUAGUUUAGGAAUUUAAAUACAACGUUGAAUAACAAAAACAUCUGUGUUUAAUAAUGAAUGUCUAGUUCUAAAUGAAUCUACUUGUGUCCAGAAAAGGUUUAAAUGUUACUUUAACAUCAAAAGUUUGCUUUUAAAAUCUGUCCAUUUAUAAUCCAAUUUAUUCACAUUUUUUCAAUAUGGAGACACUCCUUGUUAAAUAACUUAUUUUUUCAUUUUAUGUUCCUUAACAACAAGGGAGCCCUCAGACUUUGCACAGUCUGAUUUUUGGUCUGAGUAGUGUAACACAGUACUUGCACAAUUUACAAAGUAUAAAUUGAUCAAGUAAGUUAAUUUUAAAUUAAAUAUUUCAGAUCGAUUGUAAACUGCUUUGAAACUCUGGGUUCAUAGAAUUGUAUCUGAAUGAUAUUAUAAACGUAAAUGUGAAGAAUGUACAGAAUCAAACAUUUCCUUGAUAGCACUGUUCCCCCUAAGCUGUGGCAACGCAGUAACUGAAAUGCUGCUGCACACAUAACCUUUGUUGCCACGCAUCUGGAAUGUUCUUCUAUAUAAAGUUUUAUUUAAGUUCCGUGCAGUUUUCAGGCCACGUAAUAAUUUCCUACUCAGAGCAAUGGUUGGUCUGCGCAGUUGUAAAAAAAAUUAGAGGGAGUGUUGCUUGAUAGUGUGGUACAAUUGUUCAAUUUUGUACAGACAAUGUAAGAAUGCAGGGUAAAAGUUAUUUCUGUAAUUCAUAAAUAAUUGGCAGCUUUAUUCCUGCAAUAUUCUUUAAAAUAAACAUGUUCUUUAUUUUUGUGCUACAAUAAGAAAAUAUUUCAAAUUAUCUCAGCACUGCUAUUAUUUUUCUGCUUAAAUUUGUAAAAUAAAUAUGCAGUCAGUUUUGAAUAAAUACUUUCUAAAAUGCUGCCUGUGCAGCGUUUGAACAAAAUAAAAGGGCAGGGUACAAAAUAGCCCAAAUCUAAAGUUAUCUAUUUUAUAAAGAUAGGGUAGAUUUGGAUGCACACAGAAAUUUGUGAAUAUAAAUGAUGUUUAUAAUUUGUUUAGUGCCUUACAAAAUGUAACUAAUGGGAUUCCAUAAUUAAAAAAAUUGUUUUC